AUGCUCAAACGCUAUUUAUCGGGUUGUUCCUCUCAAAAUUUCUUCUUCUUCUCAUCGUCAUCGUCGUCGUCGUCCUCCUCUUUAAAGGCUUUGUUUCCUUCGUCCUCAAGAAAUGCUCUCUCUGUAUCUGCCCACUUGUCCCUUCCGACAACUACAACCUCAAAUGUUCGGAGUAGUAUUCCAACGAUGAUCAUCAUGCGGAGCAAUCAUCCUCUCGGAUGGAAUGAUAACACCAAGAGAGAAUAUUCCGAUAAUUCUGAAAAGAAAGCUUCUACCUCUCUCAAACACACAACCCGACAAAAAGAUAUUAAAAGUAAUACACAAGAUAACGGUGAUACUCUGGGAAACAUCAUGUUUGAACUUCCGAGUCAUAUGAUAAGAAAUGUGGGAAUUAUUGCUCACAUUGAUGCUGGAAAAACAACAACUACUGAGAGAAUGCUCUAUUAUUCGGGGUACAGCUCGCACUUGGGAAAUGUCGACGAUGGAGACACCAUAACGGACUAUAUGCCUCAAGAACAAGAACGUGGAAUUACAAUUACAAGUGCAGCCAUUACAUUUAAAUGGAAAGACCAUAGAAUUAAUUUAAUUGACACGCCAGGACAUGUGGAUUUUACAUUUGAAGUGGAGCGAUCUGUGAGUGUGUUGGACGGAGCAGUGGCAAUUUUUGAUGUUGUAAACGGAGUGGAGGCACAAAGUAAAACAGUAUGGAGACAAGCAGAUCGAUAUAAUGUUCCUAGAAUUGUUUACAUGAACAAGAUGGAUAAAAUUGGAGCCAAUUUUGAAUAUGCCAUUUCCACCCUUGUGGAACGGCUACCAGGCUGUCCAACUCCAAUACCAGUUCAAUUACCGAAUGGAACGGAGGAUGCCUUUACAUCAGUUUUUGAUUUGAUCGAGCUUAAAGAAUAUAAAUUUUCAGGAGAAGAUUCGAGAGAGUACAAACCACUGGAAGUGCAACCUAAAGAUAUGGAUCGUGUCAUGAAAGCGCGAGAAGAAAUGAUUGACAAAAUUGCUAGCAUUGAUGAAGCUUUAGGAGAAAAAUAUUUGAAUGAGGAAGAAAUUACACCAAAUGAUAUCCAUAAUGCAUUGAGAAGAAUUACCAUUUCUAGAAAAGCUAUACCUAUAUUUUGCGGAAGCUCUCUCAAAAACAAAGGAGUACAACAAGUUUUGGAUGGAGUUAUUAGAUAUCUUCCAGGACCAAAAAUUGAAGAAAAAAACAAGGAAUUGAAUGCAUUUGCCUUUAAAGUAAUUAAUGAUGCACAACGAGGAUUGUUGGUUUUUGUCAGAGUGUACGGCGGUACCAUUGAUAUUACAAAAUCGCCUGCAAUUUUCAAUCAUUCCAAGAACCAAAAAGAGCGUAUUGGAAAGAUUUUUCAAAUGCACGCCAACGUGCCACAAGAAGUUAAAAAAAUUUCAAGUGGAAAUAUUGGAGUAUUGGUUGGAUUACGAGAAACAGGCACAGGAGAUAUUCUAGUUGCCAAGCAAGGAGCCAAAAUUGAGUCGUCCAUUCCUCAACUCUCAGUUCCAAAGCCAGUGUUCUUUUGCUCCAUUGAGGCCGAGAAUUCAGCAGAUCAAGAUGCCCUUGACAAUGCUCUUUCCAUUCUUCAAAAGGAAGAUUCAAGUCUUAAAGUUACGAAUAAUGAAGAGACCAACCAAACUCUGGUGAGUGGAAUGGGAGAAUUGCAUUUAGAAAUUAUUAAGGAUAGAAUUUUGACCGAAUACGGUAUCAAUGUAGACAUGGGGGAGGUGCAAAUUUCAUACCGAGAGACGCUUACAGUUGAGUCACCUGUCACUUUUUUGGAAUUCGACAAAAAGUUGACAACUGGAAAGAGACUUUAUGCCAAGCUAUGGUUAAAAGUGGGCCCUUCUGAAUCCGGUAAAGGAAAUAUCGUGAAUUUUGAAUGGGAUGAAGAUUUGUGUUUACCUGAUCAAAAAGUUAUUAAGAAAUUUGAAAAAUCUAUUCGAUAUGGAAUUGAAAGUAGUUUCAUGAGAGGAGCAUUGUUGGGAUAUCCAAUUGAAGAAAUGGCUGUCACCGUUGUUGGAGCCUCUAUUCUAGAUGACAAUAAUGAACAAAUUAUUACGGGCAAUGAAGAACUACAGAACCAAUCCUUUAUUGGAUGUGCUCAUACUCUCAUCAACAAGGUGCUUAAAGAGAAUGAUCAAUACAUUCGAUUACUGGAGCCUUAUAUGGAUAUUGAAAUUGAAACCGAUCGAUCCUACAUCGGAUCUAUCAUGUCCGAUCUUACAGGAAGCAGAAGAGGAAAAAUUAAGGGCAUGCAAAGCAAGGGAGAUCAUUUUACUGUUAUUUGCGCUGAAGUGCCUCUCAGUGAAAUGAUUGGAUACAGUUCACAUUUAAGAUCGCUGACAUCAGGCCAAUGUCACUACCAUAUGGACUUUGCUAGAUAUGAACCAUUGCAACAAGAUUAUCAAAAGAAACUCAUCACAAAGAUUAGAGGAUACUAA